GCUUUUCUUUCCAACCGCUCUCAAGUUGUCUCAGUUAAUGGCUCCCACUCUCACCCUGUCAUAUCUGGAGUACCUCAAGGAACAAUUCUCGCACCUGUCUUAUUUCUUCUCUAUAUAAACGAUAUUUCUGAGAAUAUUAAAUCCCAAAUUCGCUUGUUUGCUGACGAUGGAAUCAUUUAUAGAGAAAUUAAUAACGAUCAGGACCAUGUCACGUUACAAGAGGAUUUAGACAAUCUAAAUAAUUGGGCUAACAAGUGGCAACUAAAUUUCAAUUUCUCAAAAUGCUACCACCUAGGAAUUACAAACAAACGUGUCCCUGAAACAUAUAGUUAUGUGAUGAAUAAUCAAACAAUUAGCAGAGUAUCUUCUACCAAAUACCUGGGCAUUACUAUAAACCACAACUUGAACUGGAACAAACAUUGUGACAUCAUAUGUAGUAAAGCAAAUAGCAUUCUUGGCUUACUUAGAAGAAUCCUUGGUGAAUGUAGCGCUGCUGUUAAAUCAAGAGCGUAUACUAGUCUUGUCCGUCCACAACUUGAGUAUGCUUCUACAGUCUGGAACCCUUACACCAAGAGGAACAUCAACAAGAUCGAGAUGGUUCAACACAGAGCUGCUAGAUUUGUCUUCAAUGACUAUUCCAGAGCUAGCCACAUCUCUCCAAUGAUCGACCACCUGGGGUGGGACAAUCUCCAACAACGGCGACUGCUACACCAAGCCACCAUGUUCUACAAGAUCCAUCAAGGCCUUCUUGGAAUCAGUCUUCCUGA